GGGCUGAGUCACGCCGGCCACUUCCGGCUGCCCCAGACGGCAACAACAGGCGCUGCGAGCACAGCGCUGGGGGCGCGCGGCACAGCCCACUUCCCCCCAUUGUCAGCGCCUCCUCGGCAAACAGCCCCCGCGCACCUGGGCUGGGGGCCGCUGCGACGCCACGGGAACCCACGGCGAGGAUGAGGGAGGUGCAGCACGGUCGCCCCCGCGCCGGGGCGAAGCCCCUGCCUGGCCGUGCCCGCCGCUGUCUCCUGUUCCUCGGUCCUCUCCCACCGCCGCACACAGUAGUGACCUUUCGGGAGAUCUGGAACCGCAGUUUCUGCCGGCCUCUGGAGCAGCUGGUGGAUGUCAUUACCGAGUUCCCCAACGAGGUGGAGUACAUCUUCAGGCCCUCCUGCAUCUCCCUGCAGCGAUGCGGCGGCUGCUGUGGGGACGAGGGGCUCCGCUGUGUCCCUGUGGAGAUGAGCACGGUCACCAUGCAGCUCCUGAAGAUAAAGCCAAGCGGAGAGGCGCCCUAUGUGGAGAUGGCCUUCACCCAGCACAAGCGCUGCGAGUGCAGAAGCAUGGUGGAAAUUCUGGCGUUGGCUCCUGUCGGGAAUAGCGAGUCCAAACCGUGGCAGGACCUGGUGAAAUUCGGGAGGGGGAGAUCAAAGGGCCGAGGUAAGAGAAGACAAAACAAGAAGAGACGUAAAGACUGUGAACUAUGCGGCACGCCGCGCAGGUAGCCUCCGCUGUGCCCGUGGCCCUGCUCCUGCUGUCGGGGUUUGAGCCGAUUGCAUUUCUGCCUAGCGCGUUGGAGCUACGGAGCUGCGCCCCUCUGCAGCCUGGAGGCAGGGGAGCGAUGGCUGCCGAAGGGAGCAGCCGGCAGGAAAGGGCUGCCCGGACUCUUGCUUGCUCCUGGCAGGAGCAUGGCCCUGGAGCUGAGGACUCUUCCUUGCCCCCAUCUGUGCUGUUUGCAGCAGGGACAGAAGGAUGCCUAACCAGGCCUGGGGCGAGGAUGAGGAGCGAGAGGUGCACGUCUGUGCUCAAGGGAAUGCUGGGGGCAGGGAGCUGGUAGAUGUGCAGCUGGAGUGGGCUGGGGAUAGUGUGAUCUGACCCGGGGAGCCGGCUCCAAGAGUGGCAGCAGCAGAGUCACUGCACAGCUGGGGAGGAAGGAAACCUGGGACAGGCAAGGCUGCAGGACUGCAUCUGCCCGAGCCUUGCCAUGGGGCAAGCCUGGGAGGGGACCUGGCCUGGGAAGCCCUCUUGGUGGGGAAUGGAGGAAACUGGGGGUGUCAGGGGCCCCUCAUGUGCUCACAGCCACAUUCCAACCUUGCUGUUUUCAAUAAAACCUGGCUGUCAGAGCCAGGAGCUGGCAGCAUGAGCAGUCCUGUCUCCUUCCUGACAGCUAUAAAGCUCUUUUCUGCCAGCUCCUGGUCAGUCCUGUGCUACUGGCACCUCAGCAUGCCCCAAAGCUGAGUCCUGCAUCACCUGAGGGACUGCCCUUGGUGUGAUGCUGGAGAUGGGGUAACCAGCAGGCCAGGACUGGCCCCCUGUCUGGCCUGGGGGCUAGCCCCUGUGCUGGAGCUUGGGGAGGGGGGGGGGGCUGGGGAGGGCCUUGGGCCAUUGGCCCCUCUCCUUCAUGCCAUAGUGUGGGGCCUGGGUGCCUCUCCCUGGUCACCAGCCCCUUCCUGCUCUGACCCCAGUCUAAGUAAUUAGCUGAGGGCUGGUGCCAGCUUGCUUUCCCAUGUCCUUCUGAUCUCACCUUCCUCCUUGCAGGCACCACAAUUUCACCCCAUCCUCCCCUUCAUCUCUGGGCUCCUCUGUGCCAGUCCUGGGCUCCUACCCUGAGGUUCUCCAGUCCCUGGCUGGGCUGUUGCAAGGCUGGGAGGCAGCAGCAGCCAAGCUGCCCAUGAGCCUCUCCACCCAAGCAAUACCUCACCAAGGGUCAUCCAUCCUGCCUUGUUCCUCCUGUGUGCAAGGUCUGCCAGGGGCCUGGCUUGCUGGGGGAGCCCCUCUCUCACUGGGAGCCUCCUGGGAUGUGUGGGGAGGCUGAUGUCUCUCCAUUGGGGUGGCUGUAGGGGCUGCUAUUUUCUGCUUUCCCAUGAGUUGCCCUAGGAGUGAGGUACCUCUGUGGGGCUGUGAUAACCCCCAUGGCUCCCCCAGGUAGGGGAUAGCCCCAGCUCUGCCCAAGCCCCUGUUUCUACCUUCCUCCAGCAAUGUCCCUGAGCUCUUGCCCAGCUGCGAUGCCAGCAGCCUGGCCCUGGGCUGCAGCAUGAGGAUGGGGGGAUGCAGCAGGUCCUGUGGCAGCAGGUCCCUGGCUGAGGAAGCUGGUGGUGCGUGUUCAAAGUGUGUGAGCCUGUGUGCUGCCAUGGCAUGGCACGGCCUGUACGAGCUGCCCUGGUGGAGCUGGGCAUACCCUCCCUGAGCCCCUCUGAGCCCGCUUUGAGCCCAUUUACACUUCUGGCUUCCAUAAUGUCCUGGGGCAGAGUUUCUCAGUAAGUGUGCUCUGCCUCAAAAACUUUGCAUUAAGCUCCUACCUGUUUGGGUCAUAGAGCAUCUUGCAGCUUGCAGGGUGGGUAAUGGGGACUGCCUGCUCCCCUUCCCACGCGGUUCGGGUCCGCACGGGCCGUGCAGCCCCCCGCGUCCGGGGGCCCUUCCCGAGCUGGCUCCCUGCUCCAUGCAGGCUCACUGCCUCUGUGUGCUGUGUCGGCCUGGCUGGGUGUGCUUUGAGGGUAGUGAGAGCUCUGCGCAGCGCUCAAGGGACACAAGGGUUCGUACAGUGGCACAAUGGUGGUUUCUGUCUUGGCUUUAAUACUGAAAGUUUUGCCAUGGUAGUAUUAAACUUUUAAAAUGGAAACUACUUAAAAAUGAGGAUAUUAAUUAAUAAUAAUAAAAAAAAUUGCCAAGAG